AUGCUAGGGAAGAGCAUCAUUUCAAUAAGCUGUCACCCAGAGUGCAGUCAAUCAGUUGCUGGACCAGAACAACCAAGAAGACGCAAAAACAAGUCCAGGUCAAACAAGACUCGCCAUGCUCCCAGAAGAUCCAACUCAGUCAAGAGUUCCCUCACCCUAAUGUCCAACCCGCAAGGCGCAGGCAACGCGUCUCUGAUAGGUUUGACCUUGGAUGAUUCCCACUAUCUCUCUGAUGAUGUUUCAGAGACUAGUUCUAUAGCAGAUGAUCAAUCAUGGGGUCAUCAUGAUGACUUGGGCGAAACAGAUGAUGAUGACGACGACGACACUUCUAGCAUGGCUGAUGAUCAAGUGGAAGCUUUGCUGAACGAGGCCACAGGCAGCACAAGCACCAGCAACCAAGCGCAGCGCAGCUCGUCAAAGCCAAAGAAAAAUGCAAGUUACAACAGUCUCCCGGAACUGUUGCGCCUCACUGAAGAUCAGCCGUCCGUACAGCCACACAUCCCGCAGCGCGACCAGGGCGUUUCACGAUUGGUUCAGGGACGACUCUCCUCCAGCAUGAGCAUUGCAACGUGUCAUCCAAACGUUAUGCAACGUCCGACUGCCACCUCGACCUACCACACAGGAAAUGCAAAGACGCCCACGCAUUCCUUGCUAGCUCCCCAGAAGCGCCUAGAAUCCAUCAGACACACUGCCGCCUUGCUCUUUGUUGACAUUUCAGGAUUCACCAAGCUGUCGCGGAGUCUCGAAGUAGAAUCACUUUCCAAGGUCAUCAACUCGUACUUUCAAAAGAUUGUAGAGAUUAUUCAAGAAUUCAAGGGAGACGUUUUGAAAUUCGCAGGGGACGCCUUGAUUGUGGAAUGGAAGGCAAACCAAUGCAAGCAGCAACAAACGCAGGCUCCCGUCAUGGCCACACUUUGUGCGGCAAAACUCGUGGAUGCGUGCUCUGACUUUGUCGUUAGAAUACCCAACAAGAACAACGCUACCACGCUCCUCAACAUUCAUUGUGCCAUUGGCUUUGGAAACGUUGCGGGAACACACGUGGGGAACCAACAGAGAAUGGAGUAUGUGAUCUGUGGCGAUGCACUUCGGCAAAUUGCAUUAGCCAUCACGGUCGCCCAAAAUGGAGAGGUUGUGGCCUCGCCCGAAACUAUUCGAGCCCUACGGGAAACAUUUGUCUUUGAGAAGAACACCACCAAGGGCUCGGAAUCAUGGACUGAGACGCCACAAAUCAUUGCCACGAAAUCGCAGCUUCACUUCCGACCCAUCGACGGGCAGUCGUACGCCAAAAGCAAGUGGGAAGUAAACCACACCGAGAGCGACGCAAUGCUCAGUGAGCAGUGCCAAGGAUGGAACAUUAGCAUGCUGAAGCGUCUCCACGACCGCCUCGCGCCGUACGUACAUCCAGCGGUUCUCGAGGCGCCGGUUACCGUUCCUACAAGCAGGGCAUCCGUUACUUCAAUCUCAUCGUCACGCAAUAACCACAUCAACGCAAGUCAACGCCGCAGAAGUAACAGGCGAAAGUCCAUUGCUGCAAGCGUUCAAAGCAACAGCAAUGCAAACACUGAAGACGCCAAAUUGCGUGAUGUGCUAACGAUUUUCUUUCAACCCCUCUUGCCGGAGGAAGUUGACUUGAUGAGCUCGGCCACAGUGCCGGAUGGUGCCUUGGAGCUGUUGCAGAGUAUUAUGAUGAUUGUUCAAAGCGAGGCGGAACACUUCGGCGGGCAGCUUAGACAAUUUAUUUGUGAUGACAAGGGUCUAACGGCAAUCGUCAACUUUGGGCUGCAGGGCAGCACGUUUCCCAACAUGGUCGAAGAAAGAGCCAUUCCUUGUAUCUCCAAAGUCAAGACUCUGCUCAAGACGGAACUGGCGUUGGAUUGCAGGAUCGGGGCCACGCAUGGCAAGGCAUACUGCGGUGUAGUGGGAGCCUUGACACGACAUGAAUAUGCCGUGUUAGGCCCCUCAGUGAAUCUCGCGGCAAGGCUCAUGGGCAACAAACAAAAUCCUGGCACUCUCGUUGAUCGAGGCUUCAAAGUUAAGGCGGGUCCGAACCAUCCAUUUCGCUCUUUGCCUGCCAUUGAAGCAAAGGGAUACGACAGACCAGUACGCAUCUUCGAACCAGCCAAUGCGGGUCAAAAGGUAUGGGUUGACAUCAAAGAAGAUCAGCUCGUUGGACGUUCUGCCGAGACGUUCAAGUUGCUUUGCUUGGCCAAGGACAUCCUCAAAGCAGGCAACAGUAAGCGAAAGUCUUGCUUAUCGCGAUCAUCCUCCAAGAUGGUAUUUGUCUCCGGUCAGUACGGAGUCGGCAAGUCUUCUCUGAUGUCUCAGUCAACCCGCCAGAUCGAACACCUAUGUCGGAAGCGAUCCGCGCAAUAUCAUGUGACAAGACAUGUAUUUAGUGACGAGGACUCUUUCAAGCCCUUCAGCAUCGUCCGCCCUUUGUUCCUGGAUAUUCUACGACGAAGGCAGAGUGCAACUUCGAGGUCAGUCGUCUCCAACGCGAGCAAAGUUCUGCAAGAGGAGAUUCGGAAGAACGAAGAGGCCCAGCUACAUCUUCUGUUCCUCCAAACCUGUUUGCAAGCGGCUAUACCGAUGCAGUACAUUGAGAUGUUUGCCGGCCUCAUCUUCACAGACAAGUUGUCUGAUGGUAUUGGAAAAUGGUCCGACAAGGCCCAGAAGAUGGCCGAGUGGAAUCGGAUUGCUCAACUUUUGGUUCAGGUGUACCUUCAAAUGACCGACGUCUUCGAGCUGGUGGUACUGGCCCUCGAUGACAUUUCGGGGAUGGACGAGUUUUCAUGGAAGAUUGUGAGACGUCUGUUCACAAGGACAUCCAAAUUCGUCAUUAUGGGUGCUUCACGGAACGAGUUCAGUCUGAAUAUCCAGCGACACGCGUGGGACGAACUCAUGGGCGACGAUGUUCUUGGUAGCAGUCGUGGCAAUGGAGGCAAUUUCAUCAACUUGAGACUAGGCCCUCUGGCCGAAAAUGACAUUGCUGGAAUUGCCUGCAAACGUCUGUGCCAACCAUCAGUUGAAUUAGUCGUUUCCAGGACUGUGUUCCUGUUGUCUGAAGGGAAUCCAUUUCUGGCUACGGAGAUUCUCGAUCAGAUGUAUUUGCCAGCAUCAAAACUGGAUGAACCGAGCCGCAUGGACAGGAUGGAAGGAGUCAGAGAUGUUUUGCUGAACCGACUGGAUUCGCUUCCAUCGGCGGUGCGUUUGCAUCUCAACUGUGGCGCCAUGUUGGGGCUUUCCUUCAGUCUCUCCGACGCGGUUGCGGUCAUGGAGAAGUACAACGGUAUUGCAACUGAAGAAGAAACAAUAGAAAACGAGGAAUUAGUUCGCCAGAGUCUUCUGGAAGCCGAACAAUGCGGUUUCCUGUCCUCCUCCGAAAUCCUUGGAGGAACAUGUCGUGGCUUUGUGUUGUACAGCUUUUCCCAUCCACUGUUGCGUGAAGUGAUUUCGCAGCAGAUCCUCCAGGAAUGGAAAGACAAGAUCCAAAGACUAAUUGAUUCGACCAGGACCUCUGACUACGUGGCUCUUCACGAUUCACGGCGCGACCUUUCUGUGGCUCAGAACAAACCAAUCAGAUCCGUGUAG